AGCCACGCCCACCUGGGGAGGAGCCGAGGUCAGGGCCACAGUGUUCCGAGGACUCCCGUGUGGUGAGGGGCGUCCAUUCAUCUCGUUGAACCGCCUGGAAUAGGGUGAAGAAGAUGCUGAAAACAAGACAUCGCUACCUUUUCCUGCUCCUCGCCCUCCUCUUCAUAGGAUGUGCGAGAGCAGAGGAUGAGCCCAAGGUGGAGAGUGACCUUGGGGCGGACAAGGAAGGGUCGCGCACAGAUGACGGCGUGGUGGCCAGGGAGGAGGAGGCCAUCAAGCUGGACGGACUCAAUGUAGCACAAAUGAAAGAGCUGAGGGAGAAGGCAGAGAAGCAUGUGUUCCAGGCCGAGGUGAAUCGCAUGAUGAAGCUGAUCAUCAACUCGCUCUACAGAAACAAGGAGAUCUUCCUCCGAGAGCUGAUCAGCAACGCAUCAGACGCCCUGGACAAGAUCCGCCUGCUUGCCCUCACAGACAAGGAGGAGCUCACCACCAACCCGGAAAUGGUCAUCAGGAUCAAGGCGGACAAGGAUAACCACGUCCUCCACAUCACCGACACUGGCCUUGGCAUGACCCGGAACGACCUGGUCAACAAUCUUGGCACCAUCGCUAAGUCCGGCACCGCGGAGUUCUUCUCGAAGCUGCAGGAGUCUGAAAGCACUGACCAGGCGAGUGACUUGAUCGGACAGUUCGGCGUUGGUUUCUACUCUGCCUUCCUGGUGGCCGAUCGUGUGGUUGUGACCUCCAAACACAACUCUGACAAGCAGCACAUCUGGGAGUCUGAUUCUGCCGAGUUCUCUGUGGUGGAGGACCCACGCGGAGACACCCUGAAGAGAGGAACCACCGUGUCCCUGCACCUGAAGGAGGAGGCAUAUGACUUCGUGGAGGUGGACACUGUCAAGAACCUGGUGAAGAAGUACUCGCAGUUCAUCAACUUCCCCAUCUACCUCUGGGAGUCCAAGACCGAGGAGGUGGAGGAGCCACUGGACGAGGAUGAGGCGGAGAAGGAGGACGAGGUGGUGGAGGAGGACGAGGAGGGGAAAGUGGAGGAGGAGAAGGAGGAGGACAAGCCCAAAACGAAGAAGGUAUCCAAGACCACCUGGGACUGGACCCUGGUAAACAACGCCAAGCCCAUCUGGACCAGGAAGCCGGCGGAGAUUGAGGAUUCCGAGUACAAUGAAUUCUACAAGUCCCUGAGCAAGGACUCCAAGGACCCGCUCGCCAAGACGCACUUCAUUGCCGAGGGAGAGGUCACCUUCAAGUCGCUGCUCUUCAUUCCCGAGGUCCAGCCCGGCGAGUCCUUCAACAAGUAUGGAACGCGCACCGAUAACAUCAAGCUCUAUGUGCGACGCGUCUUCAUCACCGACGACUUCCAGGACAUGAUGCCCAGCUACCUCAGCUUCAUCCGCGGCGUUGUGGACUCGGACGACCUGCCUCUGAACGUGUCCCGCGAGAACCUGCAGCAACACAAGCUCCUGAAGGUCAUCAAGAAGAAGCUGGUGCGCAAGACCCUGGACAUGAUCAAGAAGCUGGAGCCUGAGGAGUACGACAAAUUCUGGAAGGAGUUCUCGACAAAUCUCAAAUUGGGCGCCAUUGAGGACUCCGCCAACCGCACCCGCCUUGCCAAACUGCUGCGCUUCCUCUCAUCCGCCGGGGAGAAACUGACCUCACUUUCCGAUUACGUGGAGCGCAUGAAGGAGAAGCAGGAACACAUCUACUACAUUGCCGGUGCCUCCAGGGCAGAGGUUGAGAACUCUCCCUUCGUGGAGCGCCUGCUGAAGAAGGGCUACGAGGUGCUGUUCCUGACUGAAGCGAUCGACGAGUACGCCAUCAACGCCAUCCCGGAGUUUGAGGGCAAGAAGUUCCAGAAUGUGGCCAAGGAGGGGCUGACCAUCGACGAGAGUGAGGGGGCCAAGGAGCGCAUGGAGGAGCUCAAGAAGGUGUACGAGCCCCUCACCAAGUGGCUGGGCGAUGAGGCUCUCAAGGAUGAGAUCCUGAAGGCGGAGGUCGGGGUGAGGCUGGCCGAGUCCCCCUGCGCCCUUGUCUCGUCUAAGUUCGGGUGGACGGGCAACAUGGAGCGGAUCGUGACCUCGCAGGCACACUCAAAGACCAACGACGCGCAGAGGGACUACUACUUGAGCCAGAAGAAGACCCUUGAGAUCAACCCCCGCCACCCCCUCAUCAAGGAGCUGCUGCGUCGCGUUGAGUCUGACCCCAGCGAUGAGAAGGCCCAGAGCAUUGCACAGAUGAUGUUCCACACAGCCACCCUAAGGUCCGGCUAUAUGCUCAAGAACACGGUGGACUUCUCAAAAUCCGUCGAGGAGAUGAUGCGGCAGACACUCGGAGUCGCUGUGGAUGAGCCGGUUGAGGAUGAGCCAGAGAUGGAUGAGGCGGAGGAUGACGAGGAGCAGGUUCUCGAGGAUGAGGAUGAGGAUGAGGAGGAUGACGGAGGUGAGGUGGAGGAAAUGCACGAUGAGCUCUAAGCGGAGUCCCACGUUAUCCUUCCCUCCCAUCCCUGCCCCCUCCCCCCCUCCCAUCAUCUCCACUCCAUGGUGUGACAUGUGCCGUGUGGAUGAGGUCAAUCAAACUGGCGGUUACGUUUCGAGGCGGAUGAGACGAAGGAUUUGGUGCCAUUCAUGGAUGUCGGAACUUAUAUUCAGGGUCAAGUUCAUCCCUUUCUAAGUUUCCCGAGAGGUAGCGAGUUUACUUAUUUUUGGGGUCAAGUUUGUUCCUUUACUUUCCCGACUUUCCCGAGAGGUAGUGAGUGUACUUCUGAUUUUGGGGGGUCAAGUUUGUCCCCAAUUUACUUUCCCGAGAGGUAGCGAGUUUGUUUUGUUUUCCGAAGGUAUGUAAUGAGAUUAUUCCGCGGUAUUACGUAACAUGAUUGAAGACGCUCUGAUCGGACUUACUCAUUUAAGGAAGUCACUGUUUUCUUGUCCUGCACCGGUGUGUCCUGAGUCAGUGUGUGUGUAUGCGUUCGCUGGUGCAUUCAUCGACUGUGCUGCGUCUCCUUUGGUUGGUGGGUCGGCGCAGAGAGCAGCUCUUGUUUCAUUGCCAGAAGUCAUUCGGUGUGAGUGAGUUUGUACGUAUACAUUUAAGAAACAUUCCUGUCCUUGUUUCGUAAGGACGGCUUUUGUGUGAGAGUAUUCAUAUCAUUUUCAUAAUAAAAUGUACUGGUA